AUGUCCGGGCUGACACUCGGCCUCAUGUCGCUGAGCCCCGUGGACUUGGAGGUGCUCGUGCAGAGCGGCACGGCGGACGAGCAGCGGCAGGCCGCCGCCAUCAUCCCCGUAGUGGAGAAACAGCACGAGCUGCUGGUGACCCUUCUCCUUUGCAACGCCGUCGCGAUGGAGGCCCUGCCGGUGUUUCUGGAUCGCCUGGUCCCUCCAGCUGUCGCCAUUGCUCUCUCCGUCUCCUUCGUUCUGCUCUUCGGUGAGGUGAUUCCGCAAGCGGUGUGCUCGAGGUACGGGCUGGCAGUGGGCGCCAAUCUCAUUCCCCUCGUGCGCUGCCUCAUGCUGCUCUGCUGGCCCAUCGCCUUCCCCAUCGCCAAGGUGCUGGACAAUCUGCUGGGGCACGACGACCCGCUCUUCAGGCGCCAGCAGCUCAAGGCGCUCGUCAGCAUUCACGGCGCUGAGGCGGGCAUGGGAGGGGAGCUGACUCGCAGUGAGACCACUAUCAUCAGCGGCGCCCUUGAUCUCACACAGAAGACGGCAGAGGAGGCAAUGACCCCCAUAGAGUCAACCUUCUCGCUCAGCGUCAACUCACGCCUCGACUGGGACACGAUGGGGCGCAUUCUAGCGCGCGGCCACAGCAGGGUGCCAGUGUAUCGGGGCCAUCCCAGCAACAUCAUCGGCGUGCUGCUCACCAAGACCCUGCUCACCGUGCGCCCCGAGGACGAGACCCCCGUCUCCUCCAUCUCCAUCCGCCGCGUCCCCAGGAUGGCAGCGAGUUUGCCCCUGUACAGUGUGCUGAACGAGUUCCAAAAGGGCAGCUCGCACAUGGCAGUGGUCGUCAAGAAGAAAACCCCGCUUCCUCCCACCCACGCCUCCCUCGCUGCUGCUGCCGCCGCCGCCGCUGCCGCUGCUGGUGCUGCUGCUGCCGGCGGCAGUGGCAUGGGGGGGGUGCAAGCGGGUGGUGUUGGAGGGCAGGCAGAUGUGCUGACGAUAACCGUGCCCACGAGCACAUCCGAGUCGUCUCAGUCCCACCACGUGCUCUUCAACGACCCCACCUACUGUGAGACGCACAGCCAGGGGGGCGACAGCCGCCGCAACUCAGAAGACCUGCAUGAACAUGGUUAUGGCUAUGGGGUUGGGUAUGAAUAUGGGAGUGGGAGUGGGUAUGGGUAUGGGCGGAGUCAGAGCAAUCAGCAGCAGGAGCCCAGGACGCCUCCGCCUCAGGGGCAGGCACAGGGCACUGUGUUCCGAGGAGCUUCCACUGGGGAUUCGCCUUUGCAACGCUCCCUAACUCCUCCCCCUGGUCAUUACCAUCAGCAUCCGCAUGACUACCAGCAGCACCAUCAGCAGCAGCAGCAUUAUCGGUUUGAGCGGCCCAGAACGCCCCCGCCGGUGCUGCUGGCGGCAGAGACAGCUGCUCUGGCGACCGGAGGGUCUUCCGCUGCUGCUGCCUUCGCUGCUGCUGCUGCCAGUGCUGGAUUCGAGCAUGCGCACGCGCCUGCCGUGGCAGAGGCAGGGUUGGGUCAGCUACACACAGAGCCACAUGCCCCAAAGCGUGUGCAGUGGCAGGAGCACCCUGGCAUGCCCCGUGCAGGCAUGCCUGUCGGGUCUUCAUCUGGCGCACAUGCAGCAGGGGGAGCAGGAGGGGCGGCAGGAGGGGCAGCAGUGGGAGCAGCAGGAGGGGGAGCAGUGGGAGCAGCAGGAGGGGGAGCAGUGGGAGCAGCAGGAGGGGGAGCAGUGUGGGGAGCAGGGGGCGGAGCAGGAUGGGGAACAGGGGGCGGAGCAGCAGCGGGGGGAGCAGGGGAGGAGGAGAGUAUAGACGUGGUGUAUUCAACCAAGGAGAGGAAGGCGAGGGCGGGCAGGAGGGAGGGCCAUGGGGCGAGUGGAAGGGCGGAGGGGCAGCGGAGGGAGCAGGAGCGGGAAGGAGCAGGAGGGGGGUGGAGGUGGGAGAGGAGGGAUGAGACGGAGGAGGUGGUGGGGAUUAUCACACUGGAGGACGUUAUUGAGGAGCUGCUGCAGGUGCGUAAAAGACCAACUGUGGUCUUGUGCGGUCGUGUGCAGUCAUGUGCGGUCGUGUACGGUCAUGAAACGGAGGAGGUGGUGGGGAUCAUCACACUGGAAGAUGUAAUGGAGGAGCUGCUGCAGACGGAGGAGGUGGUGGGGAUUAUCACCCUGGAAGAUGUAAUAGAGGAGCUGCUGCAGGAGGAGAUAGUGGAUGAGACGGAUGAGUACAUUGAUGUUCACCGACGCAUCCGGGUGGCAGCCAAAGUGGGGCUCAACAUCAUGCCCAGACGGGUCCCUUCCUCCUCCCGCAUGCUUGCCAACUCGUCACACAAUUUGCAGGGCUUGGUUCGCCCAGAUGCCCGCUCCAACCCGCCAGAUGUCAACUCAGCAUACGCUGCUGCCGCUGCUGCUGACUUCUCAGCUCUCUCCCGCACCCCCCCAGGAGGGGCCAUGAGCGCCCCCACAGACUCUGGCAUCACUCAGCCUCUGCUUGAGAGAACCUGA